AUAAAAUCAAAUGGGUUGUGGAAAAUCAUCGGCUGCUGGUGUAGAAGAACCAAGCAAUAAGCCAAGUGUUGUCUUCGUCCUUGGAGGACCAGGAAGUGGGAAAGGCACCCAGUGCGCCAAAAUCGUUGAUGAAUUCAAGUAUGAACAUCUUUCAACCGGAGAUUUGCUCAGAGAAGAAGUGAAGAAAGGAGGUGAACUAGGAGACAAACUCAAAGAGACCAUGGAAGCAGGAAAACUAGUCUCCUCAGGUAUGCUUGUAGAGCUCCUGAAGAAGGCCAUGAAAGAUAGAGGAUGGGAAAAGAGCAAAUUCUUGCUCGAUGGAUUCCCAAGAAACCAGGAAAAUAUUGAUGAGUGGGAGAAGCAAAUUGGAAAUGAGGCUCAUAUCAAGUUCAUCCUCCAUAUAGAUGUAUCUAAGGAAGUAAUGAAGGAAAGACUUCUAAAGAGAGGCCAGGAAAGUGGAAGAGCUGAUGAUAAUGAAGAGACUAUCGUUAAAAGAUUCGAGACUUUUGAAAAAGAAUCUCUCCCAAUUAUCAAAUUCUAUGAAAAGAAAAAGUUGGUGAGAAAGGUUGAUUCAUCAAAGCCUGUUGACGAAGUAUAUUCUGCAGUCCAGAAGCUAUUCAAAGCUUAAGAAAGUCCUCAGAUCAUAGUAUCCGAAAUGGCACUUUGGAUUUAAAUCAAUUAUCAAGUUAGGAAUUUAAUUAAAAUGACUACUUGAUUUU